GAGAGAAAGAGAGAGAGAGAGUUGGGCAGUGUAAACUGACUCCACCGCGUCUCCCGUUUUUUCAGGCUCGCCGUGUUUGUGGAGCGGAGAGCACGCGGACUGGUUCUCGGUUCGGUUCUGUUGGGUUCGGUUCUGUAUGAUGGAGGCGGGAUUAGUACGCGGACCGCAGAGCGCAGCGCAUUGACGGCACCAACUCCCCGCGAUUCAGCAUUCAAUCGCUUUAUUCCGGGGAUCCAAUCCGGAUUUUGGGGUUUUUUUUGGGGGUUCUGAGGAGGUUCGGUCCGGUCCAGUCAGCAGUGCAGAGCAGUCAGUGCAGUGGGUUUACUGGAGAAUACAGAGGACCCUCCCCCUUCCUGGAGGUGGAGCCACCUCUUUACAGCAGGAUUAAAACGCUGACGGAGAGGAUUUCCAGCAUCUGGAGACUCCGCCUACAAUCCUACGUCCAAUCAGGAUCAUCGCUGUCCAUCUUGGAUUACCAGUCAACCAAUCAGAACUGUUGUUGGAACAGUUGGAACCUACCACAAUCUUUAUUGUCAAAAAAGUAUUUUUUCCAGUCAGAUUCAACUUUAUUGAGCCAGAACCAAUCAGAACCAUUCCAAACACUCAGAACUGGCAGUUGACCAAUCAUAGUCCAUGUUGUCCUUCCAGAAGGACUAGUUUUCCCAUUAGAUCCAACUUAACUGAGCCAAUAGGAACCAUUGCUUCAAUUGGAUCUACCACACCCAGAACUGGCAGUUGACCAAUCAUAAUCUAUGUCGUCCUUCCAGAAGGACUAGUGUUGACCACUUGGAAUUGUUGCCGUGACUCCCUACAACCAUUAACCCAAUCAAAAUUGGUGGAACAGCUCGUUAUCCAAUCAGAAGGAGAGCCAACAGAGAUCUGGAGAAAUGGGUGGGGCAAAAGUCCUACUCGUGAUGCUUCUGAUUGGCCUAGAAAAAGGAAUAUGCGUCAACUGGAAUCCAGUCCCGCGCAAGACGGUCCGAUACAACGAGGUGAUAGACAGCAUGGCGAGGUUCCGGGCGGUGGGCGUAUGGAACUACACUAUGUUAACUCUGUCGGAACAUGAAAGGGUUCUUUACGUCGGAGCCAGAGAAACCCUGUUCGCCCUGGACCCCAACGACAUCAGCAGACAACUCAGACCCCAGAUCGAGUGGCCGGCGCCGGUGGAGAAAAAGAGAGAAUGUGCAUCGAAAGGAAAAAACAACCAGACGGAGUGCUUCAACUACAUCCGUUUCCUGCAGAGUUAUAACCGUACGCAUUUGUACACAUGCGGGACGUACGCCUUCCAGCCCAAGUGCACAUAUAUUAAUUCAGAUCAUUUCACACUGAACAGCGCCGCCCUGGAGGACGGGAAGGGGAAAUGCCCAUACGACCCUGCGAAGGGACACACUGGCCUUAUAGUGGAUAAGGAGCUGUACUCCGCCACCCUGAAUAACUUCCUGGGCACCGAGCCGGUCAUCCUCCGCAAUCUCGGCCAGCAGCACUACAGCCUGCGCAGUGAAUAUCUACAGGCCUGGCUCAACGAACCGAAUUUUGUGGGUUCUGCGCUGGUGAGGGAGAGCCGGAACAGUCGGGAUGGAGAUGAUGAUAAGAUUUAUUUCUUCUUCAGUGAGAGAGCGGUGGAGCUGGACUGUGAUGGAGAUCUCACUGUAGCUCGAGUGGCUCGAGUCUGCAAGGGGGAUCUGGGCGGGACUCGGACGCUCCAGAAGAAGUGGACGACGUUUCAGAAAGCCCGAUUGGUCUGUUCCAUCCCGGAGCGUCACAUCACCUUCAACAACCUGCGGGCGGUGUUCACCCUGCCGUCCCCCGACUGGAAGAACACCGUCUUCUACGGGGUCUUUCACGCCCAAUGGGGGGACGUGGACGUGUCUGCGGUGUGUCAGUAUCAGAUAGCGGAGGUGAAGACCGUAUUCGAGGGCGUGUAUAAGGAGUACCGGGAGUCGUCUCAGAGAUGGGGGCGGUACAUGGGCACCGUGCCAAGCCCCCGCCCCGGAGCGUGCAUCACGAACCUGGACCGGGAGAAAGGCUAUAACAGCUCGCUGCAGCUCCCCGACGCCACCCUCAACUUCGCCAAGAAGCACCCGCUGAUGGAGCUGAGGGCGGAGUCCCACCCGCUGCUGCUCAGCAAGGGCAUCAACUUCACCCGGCUGGCAGUGGACCGGGUCAGCGCCCUGGACCAGAGAGCCUACAGCAUGCUCUUCAUAGGAACAGCGGACGGCUGGCUGCAGCGGGUGGUGAUCCUGGGGUCAGAAGCGUACGUGAUCGAGGAGAUCCAGCUGUUCGAUUCACCACAGCCUGUGGACAGCCUGACCAUCUCACACAGCAAGAAGUAUUUAUAUAUAGGUUCUCGGUCGGAGGUUCUGCAGCUGCCGUUGGCGAACUGCAGUCGGUACCAGUCUCAGCCGGACUGUCUGCUGUCCCGGGACCCGUACUGCGCCUGGGACAGUGAGGGACGGGCCUGCGUACGGAUCGACCUCCACCGCGGGUCAAUGUCGACUCUGACUCAGGACCUCAUGCUGGAGAGGUUUAAAGCUAAAGCUAAAUUCGAGAAGCCCGUCUCCAUCCCCAGCCCCGAACAUUCCCGGUUGCGGAACGUGACGGUCGUCGUGGGAUCGGACCUGGUUCUUCCGUGUCAGCUCGUGUCCAAUCUGGCGCAGCCGUCCUGGGUUCUGAACGAGCGGGAGCUGGCCCUGUCCGGAGACGAGGAGUCCGUGGGGCCUCGGUUCGACCGGGCUCUUCGGGCCCUCGUGGUCCCUCAGGCCGGAGCCCUCCAGGCGGGACGCUACGUCUGUUACUCCGAGGAGCAGGGGGUGAAGUUCCAGACCGAGCGAUACCAGGUUGCGGUGGUGGCCAGCGCUCCAGUCUUCAUGGAAGCUCGAGCUCCAGACGCCAGCAUGGGCCUGUUCUGGGUUCUGGUGAUCACUCUCGGCGCCGCCUGCCUGCUGCUGCUCAUCAUCGCCCUCUACCUGCGGCGGAGGCUGAAGCUCGCUCUGGGUAAAGGAGCCGAGAUGAAGCCUCUGGAGAGCACGCUGGUGUACCCCAUCACUCUACCCAAAGAACCGCCCACCUUCGUACCCAGCAAGAUGGCGAACGACGAGGACCGCUUCUGGGAGACCGGCGCCAACUACUACUACUCCGACGGGUCCCUGAAGAUUGUGCCGGGUCACGCCAUGUGCCCGACCGCCACCUCGUCUUCGCCCAGCGCCAUCCCGGGCCAGCCCCUGAACUCGCCCAGCCGGCUGAGCCUCACCAACAUCCGAGGCUCCACCUCCAACGGCUACGUCAGGCUCAACCUGAGCACGGCCGGGGAGGAGCGCGCCGAGGGGAACGCGGGGAUCGGCGGGGGGCGUGGUGGAGGUAGCGGAUUGGGGUUAAGCGGCCGAGAGAACGAGUACUCCAGCCCGUUUAAAGAGGAACUUCGGAGAACCUUGCAGCAGCGGAACGUGCUGCCGGACGCCAAUCCCGAAGAGUCUAGCGUGUAAAACGGUCGCAGUGUUGGACCGAAAGAGCAACCUCACCUACCUCCCUCCUGCUUGGAGAACCAUUGAUUUUUGCUCUUCACUUUUCGCUCUUUCUCGUUGAUCUUCUUUCUCUUUCUUGUUCUUUUCAUUCCACACAUUCUUUCGUAGACACUGUCCAGCCAAACUAAAGUCUAAAAGUAAAGAGUACGUUUUGCUUUUACGUUAUUUAUUAUUUUUGAACCCCACCAUAAAGCCACAAUCGAUUCUGGUCAAUUUUCAAAAGAUUUUUGCAUCAACAUGUUGCAUCUACAGCUGCUUUUUGUUUGUUUUUGUUUUUUUUUUUUUUGCUGCUUUCAUCGUAUUUUAAACCUGACGUGACGGCAGGUCCGCUUCCGAACCAGGCCGAUGAAACCGAUGGAACUGAUGAAACCGAUGGAACCGCAGAUACAGCGCAGAUACAGCACAGGUACAGCUCGACGACCGCUGGACAUCGGAUCCCGAUGCAGCUCCCAGUCACGCUGUGCUCGUUUUCCUUUUUCUUUUCCUUUUUCUUUCUCAAAUUGAAUCACAGCGUAAAAAAAUAAUUAUUAAAUCCGGAGCUGGAUUUAAGACGCUCUUCUACGAGCGGAGCUGGACUUUACGACGUUUACGGAGUUUCCGAAGUCUUUGGACAAAUCAGAACUUUGCGCUAGACGACAAUCAUGCUUUUCUCUCGGACGAGAAAGUGUGAAAGCGAACGAAGCGAGAGAGAGAAGCGAAAAACAAAAUGAAUGAAGGGAGCUGUGCGAGAAGGCGAAAGAGGACUGAUUCUCGCGUUGAAGGAACAAUAUCGGACCUACCGUACGGCUCUGUUUACGAUAUUUUUCUCACGUUGUCUUUUUCUCUCUCUCUGAAUGUCUCGAGACUCAAAAGCACUAAUAUAUAUAUAUAUAUAUAUAUAUAUUGUGUAAAAUUAUGUUUGUUUGUUUGUUUGUUUGUAAUUUAAAGACUUCUUCCUUCGCGGAAAAUUGAAACAUUGAUUUCUUUUCAGCGUUACUUGUUCGUUCAAAAAAAAUCGGACUGAUUGAAACGGAUUUUUUGAGUUACGUUUUUGUUUUUUUGAGUUGGAAUGUGAAAAGAGGACAGCUUGUUUCUCUCUGGACCAGAACCGGACCUGUUCUUCACACCGGCUGCACCGUAAAGACUGAUGGCGGAACGAAUGAUCGAACGACUCUAGGGGGAAAGUUGUAUAUCACGACUGUACUGGAUGUCUCAACAAGUGCAUUAUAGGUGUGUGUGUGUGUGUGUGUGUUCGGCUGGCAACGUGAGAGUAACGCAACGUGCCAAGCAAAAUGUCGGAACCUCCAGCCAGGAAAAUUCACUGGAUUAAAGUAACAGUGAGGAUGGCGGACUUUUCUGGAUCGCUUUAACUCAACGGAUGGACACGCCCACAAGGCGAAAAAAAAGGAGACGUCUGAUUGGAUGUUUGAGAAGGCACAAUGUGUGGAUUGACAAAGCAGUGACCAAUCGGAGGUGGAGGCUGGCGAACACCUACAGACAGAGGGUCGCUGUGUCGCGUCUACGUGAACCGAACCGCCGGACGGACUCUUGCGGGACACGAGAGACGGACGUUAUUUUGGACGUUGUUUUGGACGUUUUUUUUUUACGUAUCUAUACUGAGACUGAAGGGAAAUGAAGGACGUUGAACGUUGUUUCGUAACUCGAGCGCCGAGGAGGUACUUCCACAGUCGGCGCCGGGUUCGGUUUUUAUUUUAAUACUUUGUUGCAUGACGUUGCCGCAGGAGCACCGUAGCCACCGCGUCCACCGCCAGAACCACGGCAACCAUCGGAACCACGUCAACCGCGGAACUGACCGAGACUCUUUACAGGAAACACCAUGUUUUUUAUUUUUCUCGUCAUUUUUUUCGCCGUGCCUCUUCUUCACGUUGGGUUAAGCCAAAGUAGACUGCAGAUGUGUUUAUUAUUUUAUUUUUAUUCGUUUUUUCUUUUCAGUUUUUCUUCUUCUACCAUUUCUUUCUUCAUUCUGUAUCUCUUUAUUUAAGUCUCUUUUAUUCGGAGUCCGUCCACUGCACAGAAAAACAAAAAAAACAAACAACCGUUCUUCUGAAACUUACUGAACUUACUUCUCUUUGUUAUUAAUCUCUUUUUUCGAUGGACAAAAAAAGAUAUAAAUAUAUAUAUUUUGUGGCAUGACAGCUUUACGAUGUUUUUCAGCAGCUAUUCGUUCUGUAGCGAACUCUCUUUCUCUCUACCAUCCAUCGUUCAUUACUGGAGGGAACUAAAUAAAAAUAGAUCAAAUAAAAAUAAAGCCUCAAUAGAGCUGAAUAUGAACUGAAUGGUGGUUUAGAACAGAUUUACAGGAUUUUCAGAAUUUCAGAAUAAUUUUUUACUUCAAUUUAAUUUCUGUUGUAUUCAGUUCGCCUCGUCUGAAAGCCCAUUUACACCAGGAGAAUAAAAAAUAUAUAAUAAAAUAAAAUUAUUCCUCCCUCUCUACACAUCUCGACUUAAUAUUGCAGAAUAAUGAGCAACUAUGUCGAAAUAAUGACAUAAUUCAUGUAAAAACUGAAAAACUAAAAUGAUUGAAAAUGUUACUUCUGAGCCAAAGUUUAAAAAUGUAAGUAAUUUGUUUAUUUUAUUUAAUAAUUUUCAUCAUUUGAAAUUAAACAAGACUACAAUUUGAAAAAAAAAAUAAUAAAGUUACAGACUAUUUAAAAAAACUCUUAAAAAAUUGCAACAAAAUAUAUGUUAAAUUUACCAAAUUAAGUCUUUUUUUUGAGGUAAGUCAAAUCUUUUUAAGCUAAAUGUCAUUUGAGAUAAGAAACUAACAAAAUUUAAAUUCAGAAAAAAAAUGUUUACGAUACUGUAAAACUUUUUAAUUCGCAAUUUAAACAUAAUAAAUCAAUAAUUUAAGAAAAUAAGGUUGAGAAAUCUCAAACGUUAAAAUUAAAAUUGAUUUUAAAAAUAGUAAGGCACUUUUUAAAAUUAAUUUUAAAAAAUUGAGAAUUUUUAAACAUUGUUACCAGGUCAAAUCCUUGGUAAAAGUUAUGAAGUCAAAAUAUAAAAAGUAAUUAUUUCAAAACAUCAAAUAAUAAAAUGUAAUAUUAAAAUAAGAUUUUCUUCAUGAAUAGAGGAGCAGGAACGCCUGGUGGGGAUGAGCUUCAGUUGCCUUAAUUUUUUGUGCACAAAAAGGCAAAAAAUGUGAAAUAAAAGAAAAGAAGGUGCCGAUUUCUCAGGGUGGGGCUUUUUAUCGGAAACGCUCGCUACAGUAGUUGUUGAGUUUUGUCGGGUCGAUUAGUUCUGAUUUAAUUUCUCUUAAAGGAUGGAGCCAUGUGACCCAGUUUACUGCUGCAGUUAGCCAAUAGGAAUCGAGAACAGUUGCAAAAGGAGGCCAGUGAUUGGCUGAAGCGCUGGUCACUAUAGCGUUAAAAUAAAAAUGUCUGAAGAUUUUCAGUUUUCAAACUUAAGCAACAGUGAAAGUGAUACUUCUGCAGAAAAUCCAAUAUACACACUUUUUUCCCCCAAAAUCUGUUAUUUAUGUUUACAUUUAUAAUCGUCUCAAGAAAAUUAGUAAUUACAUUAAGUACAGUAUUGUUAAUACAAAAUAAAAAAAUUUGAUAGAAAAACACUUUUUUGAGAAACAAAAUUUUGAGAAAAAGUUGAGAAAUUGAGAAAAGUUUCUUAAUUUAGAGUGUUUCUUAAACACAGGUAAAAAAUGUGGAAAAAAAAGGAAACUUUUGUAUUUUUAGUAUAUUAUGAUAAGUUAUCAUAAAAUACUAAAUCAUAAAUGUAUUUGAAGUUACACUUUUGAGAAAAAGUAUAUUUAUCUUAAGAUGCUAAGCCAAACAAAUUAGAAAAGUAAUUAUUUCAAAAUUGCUAAAAUCCAAAUAAAAAAAGACAAAUAAAAAAAGACAUGGUUUAUAAUAUAAAGUCAUUGUAAAAUUCACAAACAUAAUUCUAAAUACUCAGAAUACAAAAACUGACAAUAUGUGAUGACUUUAAAAUAAUAAGUUAAUUACCAUAAAAUCUGAGUAUUCCCAAUUAUGAGAUAAUAAAUAAUUUCUAGAAAAAAAAGUCAGUUUAAGAUACUGUUAAACUUUAAAAUGUGCAAUUUUAAGAUAAUAAAUCAAUAAUUUAAGCAAAUAAGGUUAAGAAUCUCAAACUUUACAAUAAAAGUAAGGCAUUAUUUUGUGAAACUAAUUAGUAGUUUUGAGAAAGAAUGUCAUUUUAUGAUAUUUCAAAAUUAAAGAAACAAUUUGGAAACAUUUUUCUUCAAUUAAGGAAAAAGCGUAAAUUAGAAUUUAUAAAAUGUAUUACGUUAAAAUUACCAUAAAAUCUGAAUAUUUACGAUUCAGUGUGUUUAAAACAACUUCCGGAAUUUGGACAUUCGCCAACUUUACUUUCUCUCUCUCUCUUUCUCUCUCUCUCUCUCUCUCUCUCUCUCUCUCUCUCUCUCUCUCUUUCUCUCUCUCUCUCUCUCUCUCUCUCUCAGUGCAUGGCUCGUUCUGUAGCGUUAUUAGAACCGUUAUUAGAACCGUGUUAUCUCCAGGCCGACUCUUCUUCUCUGGCUGGAUUUGACUCAUCUUCGUUAUGGUCGCUGUCCUGGUUUUUAAAUUUGUGUUUUAUUAAUAGCUUGCCAACUUUUUUUAUUGUCUCUUGUUGUUGCUCUGUUUUUUAUUAUUGUUAUUAUUUUAAUUUUAUUUUAUUUUAAGGAUUAUUUUGAAUAACUUAUUUUGCUUGUAAAAAAUGAUAUUUAUUAUCAUUGUACAUAUGUCCUUAUUUUUUAUAUAUGUAUAUAACUAUUAAAAUGAAGUAGUUCACUGCA